CUUGUCCUUUACCUUCAUCAUGCCCAAACACUACUGUGACUACUGCGACGUUUUCCUCACGCACGACUCGGCAUCAGUGCGCAAAGCUCACAACAAUGGACGCAACCACCUCGCGAACGUCCGCGACUACUAUGCUUCUCUAGGACACGACAAAGCCCAGAACAUCAUUGACCAAAUCACAGCAGCGUACGAAACCGGUGGCGGCCCCCCUCCAGGAGGGUUCGGUUUCGGGCCACAGCAUCUUGGUGGCCCUCCCCCUCCAGGAAUGGGCCCUCCUAUGGGCUUUGGGCCCCCACCUGGCUAUGGCGCGCCGCGUCCGCCUUUCGCUCCACCCUUCCCUCCCAAUGGCGCACCCGGUGUCGCGCCGCCCUUCCCUCCCAACCUCCCGCCCGCUGCGGCUUUCCCAGGUGGUGCCCCACCGUUCCCUCCCAACGGACCCUCGGGUGGCGUAGCCCCUCCCUUCGCUCCCAACGGUCUUCCUGCGCCUCCUUUCCCUCCAAAUGGUCCUCCUGCUGCAGCUUUCCCCAACGGUGGGCCUAAUGGGGUUCCAGGUCCAUCCCCUCCCCCGAUGAGUUCUGCUCCCAAUGCUCCGCCUGCAGGCGCAGGACCAGCUAUUCACCCUGACAGGUUGAGGAUGAUGGGGAGGUAGGUGAGGAGCAUAUUUUUCUUGACGAGAGGGGUAUGGUACGUUUGGCAGCCGGUUGCGAAUAUCAGUAAUGUUGUGCAGCUUUCCUCUCUGCAUGCAGGUUUGUUAGGGCUUGUGCUUUUUCUUUCAUGCUUAUGGCAAAUCCUCUGUGUACUGCUUCCCUCACAAUGUCAUCCGAAAAGGAGAGUUUACGCCGCCAUGGUUUCUCCAUGUCA